AAUUUACUAUGAUAAAAGGAUUUAAAAUGGCAGCGGAAGGUUUACGUCAGUGUCUACUGCUGUGGAGCGUCGACUAUUGGAAUCUAGAAGUUAUGGCUGACAGUGUUUUCAAGUCGCGUGACAUUGGCUUGCGUGCCCAGAAGAAGAUCCUCUCGCGCAUGGCCACCAAGAAUAUAGCGAAAACAUUUAUUGAUGGCACAACCGCAUCGCUGCUUGAUAAUUUAUAUCGCCUUUGUAAAAUGCAUACGGGUAACAAAGUCAAAGCGGAGAAGCUGAUAAAGAAUAUAAUUAAAAUCGUUAUCAAAAUUGGUGUCCUACAUCGAAAUAAUCAAUUCAGCACCGACGAACUGAAGGACGCGGAAGUAUUUAAGCGGAAGUUUCAAAAUACACAACUCUUGAUUUCCUUCUACGAAGUGGAUUACAGCUUCGAUCUGCCGUAUCUGCAAAAAUCCAUUGCCGAAUCACAUGCCGCCCUCAAGUCAAUUGUUCAACGCCACCUCACCGACAAGUCUUUAAAUCGCAUCGAUGAAGUAUUUGAUUUUUUUGGUGAUGCUUCACUCCUUGAAACCGCCUUCAAACCCGAUUCGCCAUAUCGUGAAUUAAUGGGAAAAAUCGUCAGCGAUAUUAAUACUGCCAUGGAAACAGGAGAUAUGUAAGUGAGUGUGCGCGGCAUAGGGCCGCCAUUUUUUUUUUUUUUUUU